AUGGACUCUACAAAUCAAAUUAAUCUUGCUUUAGAUGACAUUAUCAAGAAUGCCAAGAAGAAUAAAAAAAUUGCUCAAAAGAAAACUGGUCCAACUAGCAGACUUGGACGCAAGCCAGCCUUAAGAAAGGCUGGAGGAGGUUCAAAUACCACUACCACCACUACAUCAAAUACCAACGCUGCAAAGAAAAAGGUUAACCUUACUCCUGUCAAGAAAGCACCAACCGCUACCAAAUUCAUCAGUCCAGAUAAAAUCAAGAUCCAAAUCCAAAAUAACAAGGCUAGCACUGGUGGUGGAAGAAAACCUAUUACUUCCUCUGUAACUGCCCGUCAAUCACCAAAGAAAAUAAUUGCAGCCAAGAAACCAACAACAGGUCGUAUUGUUGAAGUUGUAAAGGUAGGAGGAGGUGGUAGAAGAGUUGGUGGCAGUGGUGCUGGAGCACAAAGAGGUGGAAAACGUGGUGGGGCAUCAAGAGGUGGACAACAAACUGGAGAUGGUCGUGGAUUGACCCUUAGUGAUAGAUUCUCAAGAUAA